AUCCCCAGGGGGCGGAUUGGAUCAGUGCACCUGGAAUAAAUAAAAGGAUCAAGUUGCGUUGUCAAGCUCAUCCAUCUUCUCUCAUCAUGCCUUCAACCAGCGCGGCGAGCAUGUUCGGUGGCGCGGGCGGAAGAGGCGCCAGGGCGUCGGUGGCCAGCUUGGAGGGGCUGCGCAACGUGCUGCGCAAUAACCAAUCGGAGCACUCCGAUUGGAUCCGCGCAGCCGGCGGCGGUGCCGUCACGACCCCCGUCACGACCCCCGUUUCUCCGGCCCCUGCGGAUGACAAACAGACGCUGCGAGCUUUGAACGAGCGGCUGUCCGGAUACCUGGGCAGAGUCAAGCAGCUGGAGAAGGAGAACCAGCAGCUGAAGGAAGAGAUCGAGGAGAUUGGGGGGAAAAGGAGAACGGCGGAGGGCCGCGACUGGGGAGCGCUUGACGAGCCGCUCAAUCACCUCAAGAAGAAGAUAAAGGAGGUCACCAUGCAUAACGCCAAGUUGCUGCUCCAGAUUGACAACACCAAACUGGCCAAUGCUGAUUUCAUGAACAAGCUCAACGAUGAGACAAAGGCCAGGAAGGCGAUUGAAAACGACCUGGAUGACUUGAAGAAGAACAUUGAGGACACCAAGCUGAGCAACAGACAAACACAGAAGGAGAUUCAGCUCGUGAAGGACGAACUCGCCAUCUUCGAGCAGGACCACAAAAACGUUGUGGAUGACCUGUGUGAGAAGAUCAAGAACUCUGAGAUCAAGGUGGAGAUUGAAACGCCCGACUCCAACUUGCCUGAGAUUGUCAACAAUAUCCGCAAGCGGUACGACAAAGUCGCCACCAAGAACCUGGAGGAGCCCGAAGAUCGCUACCAGAGCAAGUUUGAAAACAUCAAGGUUGAAGAGGCCCGCAAUGCCCAAGCAUUGCAGUCGGGCAAGUUGGAGCUCAAAGAUUUGCUUCGACAGAAACAACAUCUGGAGGUCAAGGUUCAGGGUGCACGCAGCACGAUCUUCAAUCUGGAGGAAAGCUUGAGGUUCACCAAGUUGGACAACGGGCGUCGACUGGGCCCGUUCAACCGGACAAUCUUGGACUUGGAACAGCAGUUGAGGAAGAUCAGAACGCACGUGGAGAGCCAGUUGGAGACGAACAAGGACCUGCUGUGCGUCAAGAUGAAACUGGAGUCCGAGAUCGAUAACUACCAGCAGCUGAUGUCGGACAAUCUCGACAGGGCGGACUUUUCUUUAGACCACGGUCUGGCUCAUGACCAGCAAAAGCCUGACGGGGGGGGAGGAGGAGGAGCACAAAGUGAUGAAGGAAGAAAAUGAAGGCGCUCCAUCAGAAGCUCCACAAAUCAAAGAAGAAGUUUGGACCGAGCCAACUGAUGACCUUGCUGUGAGGAAAAAGGCCCAAAUUACAAAGAGCUUCUCUUCUGAGUCUGAAGAGGAAAAGGCCAAGAAUCAAGGCGAAGAGGAAAAAGCUUGAUCCAAUGGUGUGGAUGCAUCUGCAGAUUGAAAUCCUGGUCGAAUAAAGAAUACUUUUUUUUUUUUUUU